AUGAUCUACAGAUUUUGGAUAUUUCUCCUGUUCAUCGAGGAGGGAUUUGCUCUGGCACAGAAGACUAAAGCGGAAUCCAAAGCAGUGAAACCCUCUCAAAGGCCGCAGCGCAAUCGUCACUGUGGAACCUGGGUCCGGAACACAGAGGGGGGCUCCUUCCGCUCCCCCAACUACCCCAACAUGUACCCUCCCAACAAGGAGUGCCUUUAUGUGCUGGAAGCUCUGCCCCGUGAGAGAAUAGAGCUCCUGUUCGAUGACUCCUUCUACAUCGAGGCGUCGUUCGAGUGUCGUUUCGACCACAUCGAGGUGAGGGACGGCCCCUUCAGCAUCUCGCCACUCAUCAAUCGCUUCUGCGGCUCUGCCAGUCCCGGAGUCGUCCUCUCUAGCGGCCGCUUUAUGUGGAUCCGCUUCUACAGUGAUGAGGAGCUGGAGGGGAUCGGCUUCCAGGUCCAGUACACCUUUACUGCAGACCCUGAAUUUCAUCUGCAUGUGGGAGGACUUUUAAACCCUAUUCCAGAUUGUCAGUUCGAGCUGUCUGGUGCCGACGGCCUGAUCCGUUCCAGUCAGGUGGACGAGGAGUACAAAGUGAAGCCAGACCAGGCGGUGGACUGCAUCUGGACCAUAAGAGCGCCAACAAACAACAGGAUUUACUUACGAUUCUUGGAAUACCAGAUGGAACACUCGAACGAAUGCAAGAAGAACUUUGUGGCUGUUUAUGACGGCAGUCAUGCCAUUGAGGACCUAAAGGCCAAGUUCUGCAGCACAGUGGCCAACGACAUCAUGCUGGACACUGGUGUGGGAGUGGUGAGGAUGUGGGCCGAUGAAACGAGUCGUCUCAGCCGUUUCCGCAUGCUCUUCACUUCUUUUGCAGACCCUCCCUGUGGGGCCAGUGCGUUCUUUUGCCACAGUAACAUGUGUAUCAACACUUCUCUGGUGUGCAACGGCAUACAGAACUGUGUCUUUCCCUGGGAUGAAAGCAACUGCAAAGAGAAAAAGAGCAAAGGGCUUUUUUACCAGAUCACAAAGACCCACGGGACAAUGAUCUGUGUGUCUACGGGAGUGGUGCUGCUGUUACUCAUCAUCUCCAUCCUGGUGCAAGUCAAACAGCCACGGAAAAAGGUGUUGGUACGUAAGAAUAACCUUUUUCAACGGGGCGACUUCCAGGAAGUGUUUGACCCUCCCCAUUAUGAACUCUGUAGUCUCAGAGACAAGGAUAUGUCAGGUGACCUUGGGGAGUUCUCUGAGGAGCUCCAGUCCUUACAUGCGCUCAGGAGAUCCUCCACGGGCUCCCGCUGCAUACACGAACACCACUGUGGCUCUCAGGCCUCCAUCAACUCCAUCAAAGCCACACAGGGUGCACUCAGCCUGGGCAGGGGGUCCCUGGAGCUCCCCCCUUUCAGAGGCGACAUUCUGACCACCUUACCUCCCUUCAGGGACUUGAACAGCAGUCUGCGUAAGAAGAGCUGGCCUAAUAUGAAACAAGGCCGAACGCAGGGCCAUCACAGCGUCGGGGAUCGAGCAAUGGGACGACAGGACAGAGUGAUGGAGGAGGACGAGGACGACGAGGACGACGGAAGGUACGAUGUGUAUGUGCACAGAGCAGGAAGCCGGAGAGGGAACUAUGAAAUGGCUCAGCAAAGAUCCUUGUCCAUGGACUUCUGA